GACCAAGAGAACCUGUAGGGUUCAGCAUCAUGCUGGCAUUGGGCAUUGGCCAGUGGUGGAGAAGCAAGCUUUCCCUGAGGUGGAGACAGCUCUCCUGGAUUGCCUGCUGGAUUUCCCUGUAUGCUGCAGAGACUCUCCCCACCUGCCCCUUCUCCUGUAAAUGUGACAGCCAGAGUCUGGAAGUAGACUGCAGUGGCUUGGGGCUCUCCACAGUGCCUCCAGACGUGCCUGCUGCGACCCGUACCCUUUUGCUCUUGAACAACAAGUUGAACAUUCUGCCUAGUUGGGUUUUCUCCAAUCUGUCAAGCCUUCAGAGGCUGGAUCUGUCCAAUAACUUCCUGGACCAGCUGCCUCACGCAGUAUUUGGGGACCUGGUGAACCUAACUGAGCUUCAACUUCGAAAUAACAGCAUAAGGACCCUGGACAGGGAUCUCCUGCAGCAUGCACCCCUCCUCAGACACCUGGACCUGUCCAUCAAUGGCCUGGCACAACUGCCUCCUGGCCUCUUUGAUGGACUCCUGGCCCUUCGGUCUCUCUCACUCCGCUCCAACCGCUUGCAAAACCUUGACCGGGUGACAUUUGAACCUCUAGUGAGCCUGCAGCUGCUUCAGGUUGGGGACAACCCCUGGGAAUGUGACUGUAACUUGCGAGAGUUCAAGCACUGGAUGGAAUGGUUCUCCUAUCGUGGGGGACGCCUAGACCAGCUGGCCUGUACCAUGCCCAAAGAGCUGAGAGGGAAAGACAUGCGAAUGGUUCCCAUGGAGAUGUUCAACUAUUGCUCUCAGCUGGGGGAGAGCAGCUCAGCUGGGUUGGAAGUGUCUGGGCCUCCCUGUACCAAGGCCAGCCUAGAACCUGUUAAACCCAAGCCUGGGGCUGAGCCAGAACCCGAGCCCAGCACAGCCUGCCCCCAGAAACAGCGAUAUCGGCCAGUCAGUGUCCGUCGGGCCAUUGGUACUGUCAUUAUUGCUGGUGUGGUCUGUGGUAUUGUCUGUAUCAUGAUGGUUGUGGCUGCUGCCUAUGGAUGCAUUUAUGCCUCCCUCAUGGCCAAGUAUCACCGGGAGCUAAAGAAGCGCCAGCCCCUGAUGGGUGACCCAGAGGGUGAGCAUGAAGAUCAGAAGCAGAUCUCCUCUGUGGCAUGAGACUUCCCUACCCCCAUCUGGCCUCAAUAGGGAGGGCUGGGGAAGAAAGCCAGGGACUUUUAGCAAGCCCCUCUCUUAUGAAACUCUCCAGCACUCCUUCCUCUCGAUCCUGAGUUUCUGUUGUUCAGUUCCUAUCUCAGUCUGAUCACAGAACACUGCUUGCCUCAAUCCCACCUUCCUCCCAUGCCCUUCCAGGCAAAGAAACCACAGCCCAGCUGCCUCAAAGAACAAGAGUCCUUGAAACUUUUCGGGAAACUCUCCUGGUUUGCUCCCUCAUCAGACAUUUGGUUUUGGCUAGGAUAGGGAGAACAGAUGAGGGCAGAGAAGAAGGUGAAGAAGGGAGGCCUUUAGAAUUAUGUUUUUACCUUCCUCUCACUCUCUUCUGGGUGAAGCUGUGGCUGUGAUUCUUUCAGCAUUUUGCCUUCAAGAUGCUAGAGGAAGGGAGUCAUGGGAAUGGGGGUCAGAGGAAGAUUUCUGCUAAUCCUUCUUUUAGGGCUGGAAAGAUAUGUUUAACCUCCCUUCAAGGCAAAAGCUGAUUCUUUCUUUUAGGCUCUGAUACAGCCACAGGAAUAAACCUACCCUAUUCUUAUCAAUACAACUAUAUGAAUAUAUAAAUACUUCUUACACUGCAAAUGUAGUUAUGACCCUUAAAUCUGGCAUAAUCUCAUUGUCCCUGAAUUCACAAACUCACAUGCUCAUAGCAAUAUCAAUAAAACUAUAUUGAUUUAGGAGUCUACACACGGGGCAGAUUCAUGCAUACAAGUUCACACAAAGAUACAGAUACCAGGAAUCUUAGUGAAGCUGAGAUGUCACUUCCUCACAACAGUCAGCUGUUCAACUGUAGAAUUUCCUGCUUACUGCAGCCUUCUACAGCCAAUGGGGGAGAGAAACCCAAAUCCAACAGCACAAGGAUUCUUUUGCUAUCUGCUAAAGUGGGAUAAAGUAUUGUUUCUGGACCAGACUGCCUAUCACCAUGGUAACCAGCUCAAGCCUAGCAUGUUGGAUAUUGUGGGGACACCUGCCCCAGAGGCCUCAAAGCUGUAGUGAUUGUGGCUGGUGCAAUACUAGGAACUCAGACUCAUAUCACAGAAUACUUAUUCAGUUCAGAGCCUACACAGAGCAGCACUGCUAGGCACAGUUAGGACAGUCACCUCUGCGUACUGCAAUCUAGUUUCCCCUCUAGAGUCUGAGUUCUGAGGAAGGAAACUAGCAUGUUUCUUAUUUAAUCUAUGCUCUGAUAUGUGGUUUUGGGCAAAGUUGCAGAGCUGGAUCAUCCUUGGACAAUGCUGUUUGGCCUGGUGACCCCCUUUUGGAGGGGGGAGCAGGGGCAUAGAACUGGGAAAGUGAGUGUCAGGCAGAGAGAAUAACGUUCCUCACUGAAGUUCAUUACCAGCCAGAGUGCCCCACGGGGAUAUUCCCCUUACAAUCCCUUCUGGUGCUUGGAGAAGGGUGAAUUCCUUUUCCAGGCAUAGGUAAGCAUGAGUCCACUGGGGAAUCUGCCUGCUUGGUCCUGUUCCCCAGAGUCUUUAAUUACAGUUAAACUGAGGACCAGAAUCUGAGCCAGGAACCUACAGAUUUGGAUUCUAAAUGUAGCCAAUAGUAAUGGUAUAUAUACUAUACUAAGGAGGUAUGAGUAGAGUGGGAAUGGAAGAGGAAGGUCAUGGAGGAAUUGUGGGAACCCUAGUAUUUCUCCCUGGUUUUCCUUUUUCUUCCUCCUUUCUUCUUCCUUCUCCUUAUGAGUUGGAUGGCAGGUGAUGUUUUCAUCAUGCCCUGGGAGUACCUUGGUCUGCUCUUUUCAGGUCAGUGGUUUCCCAAGGAACAUCUGAGGGGCUAGAAGGCACCCAACUGGUUUGUGCUUCUACUGGGGUGUCUCAGGAGGACAAUACAAGGAAGAAGUGCAACUAAAGCACAGGCAUAGAGAGGGAUGGGGAAAGAUGGCAGGAUAUGACUGGGCUGGUCCUGGUUGCCUUUCGCCCACUCCCCCAAUUCUGCAUAUGUAAACCAUUGUGAAAAAAAGGGAAUGAGAUGUAAGGUGGGCAUAGUGGGGAAGGCAUCUUUGAGAAGGCGCUUCACCCGACUAAACUGGGGAGUGGAUACCAUUGGCAUAAGCCCAACAGGUAAACCCUUCCCUUGGGUAGGUGGGCCUUCCCUCUUCUUUAUGGGCUGGCAGCAGACCUGGUUGUUGUUAUUAUUGUUUUUAAUAGGGGUGGAG